AUGACUUCGCUUCCAAUAAUCGUCGUUGGAGCCGGAGCAGUAGGAACAGCCACUGCUCUCGCGCUCAGAAGAAGAGGAGAGAAGGUUCUUUUGCUGGAGCAAUUUUUCAUCGGACAUCAGAGAGGGUCGUCUCACGGGCCUUCCAGAAUCAUCAGAUAUUUGUACGAGUCGGAGAGAUAUACGCUGAUGAUGCCAAAUGCAUACAAACUCUGGGCAAAGCUGGAAGAUGAGCAAAAUGUCAAUCUCAACACAAAAUGUGGAAUUCUCAACAUUUCCUCCGCCGCGCGAAAAAGCGUCUACACUGACAUCUUGUCGAAAAACAACUUCAAUUUUUCUGACAAAAUCGAUCAUCUUCCGAUGAAAACAUGUGAAGAAUUCGGCUACGUUUUGGAAGAGGAAGGAGGAGUUCUGGACGCAAGCGCGUGUCUUCGAGCGAGUUUUGAUCAGUUUCUGAAAAUCGGGGGCAAAUUCAUUGACGGAUUCAAAUUGAAGGAUUUCCAAGACGACGGCAAGGAAACAGGAUUUUUCAAGGACAGAAGGCAAGCAUCAAUGUUAAAAUUAACACUCGGAAACCGCAUCAAUACAGAAGCUAAACAUAUCCGUGUCGGUGUCAAAUUUAGGAGGGACAAUGCUUCAAAGCUCCCUCAGCGCUUUAGCUUCCUUGAAUUGUUUUUUUCAUCCUGGCGGUUUUCGACAUUUUCACAAAGAAAAAUCCUUUCUAAGACUGUUACUGUAUAUUCUACCGACGGCAAAAGCCAUGUGGGAAGAAAACUCAUUCUGGCUUGUGGUGCUUGGGCAAAGAAGAUUCUGGCGAAAACAGGGCUAGAAAUCCCCCUUGAAGUAAUUAAAACAGAAGUGUCUUAUUGGAAAGUGAAGCCUGAUUUCGCUGGAAAGUACGACAUAAGCUGCUUUCCUGCUGGAAUCAUUGACGUCAACAACGAAGAAACCGGCGAAAUCUAUCACUACUAUUGGACACCAGUGAAAGAGUACCCGAAUCUGAUAAAAAUUUCGUACCACGGAACCUAUCGAGAUGAAAUCGACCCGGAUGAGCGAGAUGAUCCGAAGAAAGAGUCGUCUGAGCGGGCAAAAGAUCAGCGGGAAGAUCACAAGAGGAUAAUUGAUCUUCAUUUCGAAGGAAUUGACUCGUCCAAUCCAGUUAUCGUCGAGCCCUGCAUGUACACUAACACGCCUGACAACGAUUUCAUCCUCGAUGUCCACCCAACAAUGAAAAAUGUCGUCAUCGGCGCAGGAUUCUCCGGUCAUGGAUUCAAAAUGUCGCCUGAAACCGGAGAAAUUCUAGCGGAGCUUGCCCUUGAAAAAGAACCUACUUAUGAUAUGAGCUUUUUCUCACUCGAUCGAUUCAAUAAAUAA